CCGAGUUACCCUGCCCGAGAGCCAAGCUCCUCCACCCGCCCGGGACCUCCCUAGUGACUGUUUCUUUUCCAUCACUCUUGCCUGCAUUUUCUCCUCCCUGGGGUAAUUAACCUUCCUCUUCUUCAUUUCCUGUUUUCCCUGUUCACUUCUACCCACCUUCCCUCUCCCACGUGUGCCCUGCAGACUACUGUACCAGUGUGAAGGGAAAUGCAGUCUCUCCCCCAUCGCUCAUGUCUGUGUACCUAUGAUAGACUUCUAUGCAAUGUAUCUAAAGGAAUUUAGGACAGAGCAGUGCCCCCUAUUCUUGCAGCACAAGUGUACCCAGCACAGACCAUUUACCUGUUUUCAUUGGCAUUUCCUAAAUCAGCGUCGACGUAGACCCAUUCGAAGGCGUGAUGGGACUUUUAACUACAGUCCAGAUGUUUAUUGUACAAAAUAUGAUGAGACCACAGGCAUCUGUCCAGAUGGAGAUGAUUGUCCUUAUCUGCAUCGAACAACAGGGGAUACAGAAAGGAAAUAUCAUCUCAGAUAUUACAAGACUGGAACAUGCAUUCAUGAAACAGAUGCUCGGGGCCACUGUGUGAAGAAUGGACUACAUUGUGCCUUUGCUCAUGGUCCUCAUGACCUUAGACCACCAGUAUAUGAUAUAAGGGAACUUCAGGCACAGGAAGCCUUACAGAAUGGGCAGCUAGGAGGUGGAGAAAACAUCUCUGACCUACAGCCAGGAAUUCUAGCUAGCCAAGCAAUGAUUGAAAAAAUUAUUAGUGAGGAUCCGAGGUGGCAGGAUACUAAUUUUGUAUUAGCUGGCUACAAGACAGAGCAAUGCACCAAACCCCCCAGACUCUGCCGCCAGGGUUAUGCAUGCCCUCAUUAUCACAAUAGCCGAGAUAGAAGACGGAAUCCCAGAAAAUUCAAAUACAGAUCUACUCCUUGCCCCUCUGUAAAACAUGCAGAUGAGUGGGGUGAACCUUCCAAAUGUGAAAAUGGGGAUAACUGUCAGUAUUGCCAUUCUCGUACUGAACAGCAGUUCCAUCCUGAGAUUUACAAAUCUACAAAGUGCAAUGACAUGCGUCAAACAGGUUACUGCCCACGGGGUCCCUUUUGUGCAUUUGCACAUGUUGAAAAGGACACCAUGAAUGUAGUCAUACUGCAAACUGGUUGUCAAUCAAAGCCAGGCGCUCAUCUGUUUUCAGCAGACAGCAUAGGAAUUGCAAAUGAAUGGAGCAGCAAUCUUAACUCCACAAACAGCAUUACAAAUAACAGUGGGCAGUCUGGAAAUAUUUCCUGUUCCUCAAGUCCAACAGUAACAUCAAGUUCUGGUAGCUGUAGCUCAUUAUCAUCUAUUGGACCUCUUUGUAGGCAAAGAUCAUUAGCAAAUGGUGCUUUGUGUUCUGAGUUUAGCCCAUCAGGUGUUUUUUCACCAAAUUCUUGCUACCCAAAAGCACCAGGUUUUGAACGAGAGGAUCAGGUGAAACAGAAAAGCUUGCCAGCCGACAAUUAUCAGAAAAUAAAUGAACAAGACAGUAAGCAGAAUCAUCUCAGUGUUUUUUCAGUGGUUAAUCCACUUGCUUCGAGUAUAACAUCCAGUAUAACUUCUAGUCUGGCUUCCAGUAUUGGAUCAGAUAAUUCAUCCCCAACAGCUCCGUCAGUUAUCAGUGCCAAAGCUGUCCCGUUCUACCCUGGCAGCAAUACAGUUGAAUCAGUUAUAGGUUCUGCUUUAGAUCUACAUUUUAGUGACAUAAAUGUUGCAUCCUUAGAUAAAGAAUUAGAAGAUCAAGAAAAGAGUGACCUUGGAUUAACAAGUCAAAGGUUACUGGGAAGUUCAGCUCCUGUCAAUAUUCCAGGUUCUGUUGCUCGUUCCUCAUGUUUACAUUCAUCAUCUUCCCUUUCAACCUCUCCACUUAGUUCUCUUUCACAGUCGCUGUCUCAGUCUUUUAUUUCAUCUACUACAGCUCCUCACCAACAGCAGAUUCAGCCUUUGAAAUCAGAACAUAGUAUGUUAGGCACUUCAGCCUCUUCUCAUAACUCUUUAGGUUUAAAUGGUGUUACUGGGAGCAUUUGGGACUUCAUAACUGGGAGUUUCUCUCCUACUCCAUCCUCAAUAUUGAACAGUGGUACUAUGCCCUCAACAAACUCAAAUACCAGUGGAAAUGAAUUAGCUCUCAUUAGACAGGAACUUGAUGACACCAAUCGAAAAAUAAAACAGUGGCAAGAUUCUUGGCAACAAGUAAAGGAGGCAUGUGAUGCAUGGCAAAAAGAGGCUCAAGAGGCAAAGGAACGUGCUAGAGUGGCGGAUGCUGACAAAAAACUAGCUCUUCGGAAAAAAGAAGACUUAGAAAAUAAAUUGAAAAAGCUGCAGGAACAAUUUGAUGUGUGUCUAUCCACUACCGUACUUCAUAUGAAAAGUUAUGGCGAUAUAGAAAAAAUACCAUUACCAAAGCUUCAUUCUUUACAAAAUCAACUGCAUUCAGAUUUAGAAACAGUAGAUGAGGUAAUUUUCCAACGUCAUUCAAAUAAGUGUAUUGUAUGCCAAGAACGUGACCGUACUGUAAUCCUGCAGCCAUGUCAACAUUACGUACUUUGUGAACACUGUGCAGCUAAACAACAAAAAUGUCCUUGCUGCAAGACAAAAAAAAAGAAAUGGUGACAAAGUAAUGGUUCUUAUAAUUAUGUUAAUGAACUAAAGCUAUUUUAUGUUCUGGCAUUUUAUAUAAGAAUUGUAUUCCAUGUAUUAAUACUAGACUGAUUUCUGUUUUGACCUUGUAUGAUAUUUUAGUUGUUUUUACUACAGGAAGUGUUGUCUGGCUGACAUUAUGUACUGAAUUUUAUUAAUGACAUUCUAAAGUUCCAUGGUUAUUUUUUCCCUACCUACUCUUUUCAGUUUUCCACUUACAUUCCUGGUGCACAAGCUACUCAGGUUCACUUACAGCAUAAUCACUUCUUACAGGUGGGUACUCACAGUGCUGAAUGGGGGAUUUAUGCCUGUGUAUCCCACUAACAUUAUAACUGUAAAUACAAUAUUUGUUGAUGAGAGGACCUUACCCUUCACCAUAUUUAUGGUGUGUUGUAAUCCGGUGCCAGUAUUUUUGAAGCAGUCUAACACUACUGUUUACUUGGUUAUUUGAAGAAAUUUAAUUCCUGUAAAAGCACUUCACUUUUUUUGCUAGAGAUGAUAAAUUGCUUUAACCUACUUUCUAGGUUUUUAAUGGCUAUUUUUUUAAUAUGUGGUAUGAUGUCUUGUGUGUGUACUGUGAACUUAAAAUAUUUAUAUCAGUUUUACUGUUAAAUCAUAGUAUGGUGAAUAUGUAUGGUAAAUUUCAUUUUUUGCUUUAGUACUUACUAAAUGAAUAGUUACAUAAAAAUGAGAACUUGCCUAGAAUUUUUAUAGUUUGUCAACUGCAGGCUAAUAACAUUUAUAAGUAUACUAGCAGAGAGAGAGGUUGAAAGAGACAUACAUGAGUAAGUAUUCAAAUACUCUUUUAUUUUGUGAAACAAACCAGUUUUCUUAAACAAAACUAUGUUUUUGCACAUUGCCCAAAUUGGAUUUUUGUAGUAUUGGUGAAAACAUUUGUAUAACUCCUAAUCUAUUUGAUGACCUAUCAUUAAUUGAUAUAAUCCAUAUCCAAUUUUACCAAGUGCCUGUGUCUUGCACCUAAUACAAUUGCAAAAGAGUUUGCAAAUAGUUUGUACCACCUAAUUCUGUACAGGACAAUUGGAUAAUUCUCAAAAUAAUACUUUGUAAUGGAUGAAAGAUAGUAGGUUUUGUUUUACAUAAAUACAAUACACCUUUGGUUUUAGCUCUGAAUUUAUUUCAAUAUUUUAUUAGAUAAUGGUGCUUUCUUGUAAUGAUCUUUUUUAAAGUUAUUGAUGUCCAUAUUUAAUGCUGAUGGUUAGGAGUACACAAUAUAAGAGAAGUUAAUUAUUGUAUCUUAACACUGUCUCUUGUUACUUUCCUUAAAGUUAACUGUUCUUGUAGGAAGAAUUACCUGUGGUGUUACUUUUCUGUCCUGAUAAAUACAGGUAGGACACAAGUACAACUUAAGGUAUGACACAAUUACAUCCAAAUGACCUACCACUGUGUUAAAUAUGUGCAUAUUCCUAUUAAUUAAUACAUUAAUGCACAAGAAGUUCAUUCAUAUGACUAGCAUAGUUUAAUUAUUUCUGAAGUUUGUUCAGAUAUGUUGAAAUAGAAACAAGAUACAGUGAAAGAUUUGUUAUCUGGCACUCAGGGGAAACAGCGUUUGCUGGUUAACUGAAUGUACUUGAAAUCAAAGCAGCCCUUGCUGGCUCCUUUCUAGGGGAAAAGGAAGCUUUCUCCCCAGUAGUGGGGCCAGCAGCCCAUCUGGCACUCUGUUAAAUUCAAACUUUCUUAAACAGCUGGGGUCAGUGCUGGUUGAUAGUGCUUUCCAUUUAACAGUGUGCUGGGUCACAAAGCUUUUACUGUAUGUUGUAAAUUGUAUUUAUCAUCUUGAAAAAAUAUCUCUGAGAUUUGCAUUAGUGUUUAAAGAAUUCAGAGACCGAUCCAAGCCCACCUUAAGUCAGUGUGCCUACAUUGAAUUAUGUGAACUUUGGACUAGAUCUUUUGAGAGUGAGGGAGGGAACAUAAAACCUAUAAAUGAUUUACAUUUUGAACAGGAGCUCUUAAAAAGUUAUUUACAAGUACAAUAGUCUGAAGAUAACUGAAGAACAUUUUUAAACAGGCUUUAAAGUUAUGUUUCAUUGUAUGUCCUGAUACAUUUUUCACAUAAUUGUGAACUUUUUUACUAUAAUUUCAUUUUCAGCAAUAUGUUUCUCUUACCUGAAAAAAUAUUUUCUUUUAUCAUAGAAGUAGAACAAGUUUAGGUUUAUUUUAAGUGAUACUUUAAUCACUAAGCUUUGCUGUGAGUAUUAAUGGACUUCUACACUAGUAUAGUCUUUGCCAAAGAAGGGUUUUUUUGAACAUUUUUUUGACUAAAAUAAAUUGAGUGGGUAAGAAAUUUUUAUCAGUGACCAAAUUAGAAACGGAUGUAUUGUAGAAUUAAAUUAUUUUAAAUGUUUUAGAACAUGCAGCUGUUAUAAGACAGUGGUUUAUUACAUUUUCUAUCUCUUUGCUACCAGAGUUAACUAAUAUUCUUUCUAGAUUUUAGUGAAAUAAAUCCAAAUUAGAUUGAAAUGUGGUCAUGUGUGUCAAUAUUCAUUUCAUUAAGAAAUGUUUAAAUAUCUUUGUGCUACUGCCACAGUUUAUAGUUAUAUAUUAUUGUGCAUUUGUGUGUCAUUCUAGGAUCUUUUCUUUGGUCUUUACUUUUUGUAAUAAUAGGAGGUUUUUUUAAAUCUCUGGUUGAUGCUUUUUGAUUUAGAAACAAGUUUUAACAUAAAAAACAGAGCAAAUUGUCAAAUUAAUGUACACAGUUUGCACAUAUUGUCUUUUUAGAUAAACUCAACUAAUUAUUGGGUAAACUUUACCAUUUGUUAGGUUUGUAUGUGACAUAAUUAAUGUUGAGAAUGAUUACAUAGCUGUGUGUAAAAAUUAAUUUUAUCCUGAGAACAGCUGAGUUGGUUUUUGGACAGUUCUAAAUUUGAAUCUUGAAGGAAGAAGAUAGACCAAAGAAAUGUUACCUAUGAGUGAAAUUCUUAGAGUGAACUGCUUGUUAUUUGUUCCCUUAUCCAAAUAUGGUUAGGUAGUUACAUGAACCACAUUUAGUAUGCUAUAAUUAUUUU